UGCCAAAUUGGUACCAACCGCAUCUGCUGGCUGCUAUGCCACCUCCAUGGAGUUCUCCAUCAUGGAGUAUGCUCAGGAAGGAUAUUCGUCCAUUUUGUUGAUUGUCGGAACCAACGAAGGAGGAAACUUGUUGUACUUCAAGAUCUUGCCUCAGGCAAAUGGAGGGUUCGAGGUGAUGCUUGCUGACAAGACGAUGAAAUUGAACUACAGAUCGUCAGAAGACAGUUGCAUUAAAGAAAUCAUUCCCAUCAGUAGCAAAGGAGCUUCUACCGUGCCCACUCUAGAUGUGUUCAACAAGUUGAGUCAAGGCAUUUUGAUUCCAGGAUAUUUGAUUCUAGCUUCUGACAAAGAUAUUCGGGUUUUGAAACCACCAAAGCAAAAGUUGGCUCACAAGGUUAUCGAAGAGCAUUGCUGUAGCGCCGGGGUGGUUGAUAUUGGUGCUAAAGGAGUGAUUUUGGCAUCGGUGUUGAGAACCGGUUUUAUCAAGUUGAGCAACUUGCCGGCAUUGGCAGAUAUCACCGACUAUAAGCUCUCCAAGGACCUUGUUAAGUCGUAUGACUUGAACUCGAUCUCCAAAUCCAACGUGUUGAGAACUGGAGAUCUCUACGUACGUACUGGAGAAUCCGAGUUCAUCAACUUGGCCUUAUCGAUAAAGGAUCCUAGACGCAAAAACAAGGAUACCACCGAUUUGUUGUUCAACGAAAACAGCGUUAUUCCGCCCAAACCAAGUGUCAGCGCAUUGCAAUGGGCCAAGGGAGCAUCUACCGUCAUCUCGGUACCUGACUUGAAUGCAUUGAUUGGAGGACCCAACCGGAAACCUGCCAAACACCCAGAGAGUCAAAUGGCCUUCAAUAUCAGUCCAGAAAACAACCAGACGGCUGGCUACGGUAACACCUACGGCGGUGUUGAAAGAAGCGAUGAUGGUCGUGGUUACAAGGAACCUGUGAGGAAAGAUGGCACCACCAGGAACUUUGGACUGACCGGGUUCAUGAAGAGUCUACAAACAGGGGUUGAGCAGAUGGAAGAGAGCCUCAAUGGAUAUGCCAAUUCCAUGAGUGAAACCAUGAAUGAGUCUCUUGAAAGUCAAAAACGGCUGAUGUACUCAUCGGCCUUCAAGAGCAAGUUUGGUUUUUAGUCGCGAUGUUUACCAUUUUGUCUAAAAUACACGAACCAAGUGCUAUAAUGUUUACUGAUAAGGAAAAUAUCCCUGUAGCAGAAACUCAAAAGUCUAUCCUGACCAACAUCUCAUCUCAAUUGUCCAAUAUCGAACUCAGUACAAAACAAACCACAGUCGAUUUGACAGAAUUGGUGAACCGGCUGAGAAACAACAACGACAACUUGAACAAGCUUUUGAACAGUUUGGUGCACAAUAAUAAUAUCACCAAACCCGACUUGGUCCAGAUAUUUGACGAGUAUAAGAUAAACCCCAGAGACAUUGUGGAUCCUAUUGUCAGUGAGUUGCAGGCCGUACACCUUGAUCUGAAGUCUACUCGGCUUCUCGAAGCCAUCCUUGACAGACUCAGUGUGGAAAAAGAUACAUACACCUGGCAGGAUGAAAUGAGAGCCAUGUUAUCACAACUCACAGAUGACCACGACACCACGAACGCCAUAUCACUGCUUGAAUCCAAGUACAAUGUUCUCGAAGCCAAGUACAAGGCUCUUGAAAGCAAGCACACUCAGUUGUGCAGCUUGUAUUCGACCAAAUUUGUCGCGCUCCAGCAGUUGCAAAAACAGUACGAGACCCUCCUCCACCAAACCAAACAACUCGAACCCCAGCUCGACAUGGUCACCAACAUCGAAACCCUCCAUAAUCUCAAGCUUCUGCUGAUUAGUGUCCCCAAAAUCAAAAAGAGGAUAGUCAGUACACCCCCUACACUUGAUAUUCUCAAAUAACUAUGUACAUAUCUAUAUAUAUUUUUUACCCAUCAAUGGGACAAGCACGUCGGGGAUUUUGAUUUGAUCGGUGACCGGAUCGUAGUUUUGUUCCACAAUUGCCACAAUCACCCGAGGCACCGCCAUAGCCGUUCCGUUCAACGUGUGCACAUACUUGAGGUUCUUUUCCUGGUCAAAGUAUCGAAUAUUAAGUCUCCGAGACUGGUAGUCUGUGCAAUUGGAAGAACUAGUCAACUCGCCCCAGCUAUUCCUUCCCGGCAUCCACGCCUCGA